GCUCUGUCAGGGUGCGAGGUGGCGAACUGGCGGGCUGCUUUGCGGCCCGCGCGCGGCCGGCGAUGCUGGCCGGCAGCUGUGCGCCCCGGGAGCGCGAAGCGGAGGGAAAUGGGGCGGGGGCUGUGCCUGCGCCGCCUGCCAUUGACUUCCCCGCCGAGGGCUCAGAUCCCAAGUAUGAUGAGUCUGAUGUGCCAGCAGAACUCCAAGUGUUAAAAGGACCCCUACAGCAGCCAACUUUCCCUUUUGCAGUGGCAAACCAACUGUUGCUUGUGUCUUUGUUGGAGCACUUGAGCCACGUGCAUGAGCCAAAUCAAGGUCGUUCAAGACAGGUGUUUAAAUUACUCUGUCAAACUUUUAUCAAGAUGGGGCUGCUGUCUUCUUUCACUUGUAGUGAUGAAUUUAGCUCACUGAGACUGCAUCACAACAGAGCUAUUACUCAUUUAAUGCGGUCAGCUAAAGAGAAAGUUCGUCAGGAUCCUUGUGAUGAGAAUUCUCAUAUCCAGAAAAUCAGACCAAGAGAAGUAGCCUUUGAAGCACAAACCUCACGUUACUUAAAUGAAUUUGAAGAGAUUGCCAUCUUAGGAAAAGGUGGCUAUGGAAGAGUAUACAAGGUCAGGAAUAAAUUAGAUGGCCAGUAUUAUGCAAUUAAAAAAAUCCUGAUUAAAGGUGCAACUAAAACAGAUUGCAUGAAGGUACUACGGGAAGUAAAGGUGCUGGCGGGUCUGCAGCAUCCUCACAUUGUAGGCUACCACACUGCUUGGAUAGAACAUGUUCAUGUGGCCCAACCACAAGACAGAGCUCCUAUUCAGUUGUCCUCUCUGGAAGUGCUCUCUGACCAGGAAGACAACAGAGAUCAGUAUGGUGUUAAAAAUGAUGACAGUAGCAGCUCAUCCAUUGUCUUUGCUGAGUUAACCUCAGACAAAGACAAAGCCUUUGGAGAAUCUGGCUUUGAAAAUCAAAAUAACAGAUUGGUGAACUACACCACCAAUUUAGUCACAAGAGAUGCCAGUGAAUUGGAAUCACUCAUUGAGCUACAGGAAAAUGGGUUGUCAAUUAUGGAACAUCAGCUGCCGCUCAGGCAGUAUUCAGACCUGGAGGAAAAUUUCACAUCCACCGAGGAAUCUUCUGAUGAACACUUAAACUUGUUCGGGCAGACAGAGGUGCAGUACCACCUGAUGCUACACAUCCAGAUGCAGCUGUGUGAGCUCUCACUGUGGGACUGGAUCACUGACAGGAACAGGAGGGGCCGGGAGUGUGUGGACGAGUCGUCUUGUCCUUAUGUUAUGGUCAGCGUUGCAACAAAAAUUUUUCAAGAAUUGGUGGAAGGUGUAUUUUACAUACAUAACAUGGGAAUUGUGCACAGAGAUCUGAAGCCCAGAAAUAUUUUUCUUCAUGGCCCUGAUCAGCAAGUAAAAAUAGGAGACUUUGGUCUGGCGUGCACAGACAUCCUACAGAAAAACACAGACUGGACCAAUAGAAAUGGGAAGGGAAUGCCAACACAUACUUCCAGAGUGGGAACUUGUCUGUACGCUUCCCCCGAGCAGUUGGAAGGAUCCGAGUAUGAUACCAAGUCAGAUAUGUAUAGCUUGGGUGUAAUUCUGCUAGAGCUUUUUCAGCCAUUUGGAACAGAAAUGGAGCGAGCAGAAGUUUUAACAGGUUUAAGAACUGGUCAGAUACCCAAAUCCCUCAGUAAAAGGUGUCCAGUACAAGCCAAGUAUAUCCAGCACUUAACCAGAAAAAAUUCAUCCCAGAGACCAUCUGCUGUUCAGCUGCUACAAAGUGAACUUUUCCAGAAUUCCGGAAAUGUUAAUCUUACCCUACAGAGGAGGGUAAUAGAGCAAGAAAAAGAAAUUGAAGAACUAAAGAGGCAGCUGAGCCUCCUCUCUCAGGACAAAGGGGUUUAGGAUGACAUGAAAGUUGGGAGAGUACCUGUCUAGCUUU